UACAAUAAGCAAACUUAGAUAGCACAGAACGAGGACAAACUCCAAAGAAAGAGACGGUCUUUGUACAGACGCGCAUACACCGCUUUCGAGUCUAUUGUUAACGUUCCUGCUGCUACGUUCAGCUCAAGUCAUUAGACAACAGCGAGUAGCGUGUGACCCGACACCACUUUGAGCUAACCCCGGCCAGAAUGCAUAAGCCACACCUCGCGGAGUCGUAUCAUAAAGAGCUUUUGGCAACGCUGCAGGCAAAAGGCAAGAUCCCACGGAUGAUGACGGCGGCAGACGAGCGGAGGGACGCCGAGAACAAGAACACGGGGCCACGCAUCUUUCCCGGGCCAUGGGGCACGGAGGCGGUGCUGGAAAACAUGGUCCGCAAGGCGGAGGAGCGCAUUGAACAGGCCACGCGCGGCCAGCCGGCGGCGGGCGGCACAGCGGCGCGGGCGGCGGCGGCGGCGGCGGGGGCGGCGGCGGCGGCGGGGGCGGGCAGGCCGCAUCGCGACCCCAGCGCGCGGAAACAGAUCCAGGCGCGCAUGUCGCAGCUGGAGCAGGAGCUCGCGGCGGAGCGGGCGCUGCGGGCGGGGCUGGAGGGCCAGAUGGCGGGGCUGCGGGAGAGCCUGUCGCGGGGGGGAGGGGGCGGGGGAGGGGGCGGGGCCGAGGCGGGCGGGCGGUAGCAGCAGGCGGCGGCGGCAGGCGGCAGGCGGCAGCAGGCGGGCGGGGGGAUCGAUGGGUGUGCGUGGGCGCGUGGGCCCACUAGCGUGGGGUGAUUGCGGGUGUGAUUGCGGGUGUUUGUCGUGAAGGAUGGAAUGACACCAGAAGUGAGCACCGGCUCAACAGAGCCUAGUACUAGCAAGGUAUGACAGCCCCUGAUACAUAGGGGCCGCAUCACGACAUAAGUUUAGAAUGGUACGUGUGCGGUGGUGUGCCGCCAUGUGUGUCGGCGUGUGCGCUCUAACCAAGUACCGUACGGUAUCGGACUGUGGGGAUGAGUUCAGCAAGGUGAGGUAGCAAGGGAAUGGGUGUAUGGGCUUGCGUCUGCAACUGAACCUGUACGUAUGUGUGCAAUGAAAUCUUUGGAGGGAAGUGCACAUGUGUAUCACCAUCCGACAGCGAUUGUGCUGCGGCUUCAUCAUUGCAGCUUCGCCUGCAGCGCGUUUUUAUUGGAAGAGGAGUUCGAUUUCAAAUGUGAACAGCUUAUCGUGUGUGCCUGUCCUAGGACCGUGGACCGGGGACUGCUGGCUGGCGCAUGCUGACCAAGGAAGCUGGGACUCUCUUCGGGGAGUCGGCGGCUGUGCGUCAAGAUCAUUAUUACUGAUGUAAUUCAAGUUGGUU